AUCAGUGUGGACAGUUCUGAGUAAUAGAGGAGGACGACAUCGUCCUCCGCGAUACUUGGUUUCUCCCUUCCAUUCUUAGGAAGGCUCAUUUACCGUAUUCUCGGUUACUCAAAGACGUCACGAAUGCCAAUCAGCAUGGCGCCGCUGCGGCUAUCCCGACCCUAGUGCUGUUCAAUCCACGAUGGGGUGUAUGCAGGCCUCGACAUGCUUAAACCGCGAACACACGCGAUAUCCUCGGAGCGCUCACCAUGGCUCAACAGUUGCUACACUUCCGGGCUGUUGGCGAUCUACUAACAUGAUUGAUUCGCUCUGGAUGUUGCGAAACUUCAGUUACGUGCCAAAACUGCCACGGCUCACCCGAGGCAGGUUUCUUUUGAUUUGUUCGUUGCAGUUUUUUCAAAUUCGGUUGGUUUAUUUGCUCCCCGUAGAUAGGUAUGCUGUGUUUCUGGCACGGAAGGGUUUAUUUCUCCUCUGCCGGCGAGCAACCAAAGCCGAUAUAUACAGGCAAGGGGUCCUGAAGAAGGCGGGGAAAGUCAUGGAGAAAACGCAGGCGACCAAACAGGGAGGGGAACAAGCGAACCGGCCCCGGGUCAAAACGCACCACCAAUCUGCAGAGGGGCGAGCCGGGGAAAGAACACGGAACGAGGAAAUGAAGCAUCCGGACGAAGAAGGAAGAAGAAGAACCUGAUUAAAGCCCCCCUUUGCCCAGGCAGACAAUAGCCACGGUUGGGGUCCAUGGCCGUGAAUGCCUUUGGGGGGGGGGGAAGUGGUACGCGGCAGGCAACAUCCAGAUUAUUUGGGGGAUUCGACUGGGGCGUUUCCCCGUACCCCGGCCAGAGCGCUCAAAGGGUCGUUCGUCUUUCGGACAGCCACCACCACAAGCUGUCUCCCGGGUUGAACCAGGCCUCAA